AGCGGGCUCCUGCGGGACCGGUAGGAGGCACGGCGAAGGCUGGAAAUCUGGACGGGUUGUGAGGAGACUCCAGGUUGGCACAGCUGGGAGCAAAGAUGUCAGUUAAUAGUGCCUGGACCAACCUGACGACGGCAGAGAAGGUGAUAUUGGCUGUUGCCCUUCCAGCUGGUGCAGUUGCAAUGUACAUAUUGUACAGGAGAUACAGAGAGAGUCGGGAUGAGCGCUUCGUGUUGGUCGGUGACAAUCAGAUAGCCGUGGACAUGAAAGUUCCCGGUGAUAGCGUUAAGGCCAUAGUAGGGCAGCAGGGCUCCACUAUUAAACAGCUGCUAAAGGAGACAGGUGCCCGCAUUGAAAUUGAGGAUAGCAAGAAGACUGAUGGUGAGGGUGGGGUUGCAGAGAGACUCCUCACUAUCGUCGGGUCACCAUUGCAGGUGUGCAAGGCCAAAGUUGCCAUCCACCAGCUUCUGGCCGAAAACGUGAGGAUCACCGAGGAGCUGUAUAUUCCCCAGCGAGCAUUGGGACGUAUUAUAGGCCGAGGAGGAGAGUGUAUCCAUGCCAUCUGUCUGACCACAGGCGCAAAGAUUGUAUACGAGAAGAAGCCUGGUGAUCACUUUACGGACCUGGGCCGUUUGGUCAGAAUCAGUGGGACAAGGCAAGAGGUGGCCUCUGCCAAAGCAAUCAUUUUGGCAAAGAUGGAGGAGGAGAUGGCCUUCCAGCAGAAGCUGGCAUGCUUGGCCGUCAGCAGGAGGAACCGCAAGCAGCCUGUUGGCACACGGCUAGAGAGGGUUUUGCCUGCCGCCUCCCAGGCCGGGACCCCUGCCUCGCCAGAUGAAGUGUGGGCAUCAGGCAUCAGCGAGGAGGAGGAGGAGGGGCGCAGGAUCAGCCCCACUAUCUCAGUUGAGCCCUCGGUGGAAAGCCAGCCAGGCAGUGACUUGUGCCAGGUGUCCAAAUUCGAAGUUCCCAGUCCUGACUUCAGUUUCCUUGCAGACGAACAUCUGGAAGUUUACGUCUCAGCGUCGGAAAACCCUAGUCACUUCUGGAUCCAGAUCCUGGGCUCCAGGUGUCUGCAGCUUGACAACCUGACCUCUGAGAUGUCCCGCUAUUACAGCAGCUCCACUGGUACUGCUGAGGCAUUUGUCCCCAAGGUGGGUGACAUUGUGGCAGCACCGUGCCAGAGUGAUGGCUUCUGGUAUCGAGCUCGUGUGCUGGGCUUCCUGGAGAAUGGGAAUGCGGACCUCUAUUAUGUGGAUUUUGGAGACAAUGGGGAGGUGUCGAUCGGGAAUAUGCAACACCUGAGGAGUGAUUUCCUGAGCUUACCAUUCCAGGCUGUCGAAUGCAGUCUUGACGGAAUCCAGCCAACCGGGGAGGGCUGGUCAGAGGAAGCGAUGGAUUGUUUUGACGCUCUUACCUACUGCGCAAAGUGGAAGGUCCUCCUAGCCCGCAUCUGCAGUUACUCUCAGCGCGGGGGUGUCACCAGACCACAGGUGCAGUUGUUUGAUCGCACCAGCGACCAGAACGUGAACAUUGGGGAUGAACUGGUUCGGCUGGGACACGCAGUGCAGUGCGCUCAUCAUGACGGUGCUGCAGUGGGAGACGGACUGGACACGAGUGGCCAGACUGUGGCAACAUCCCUUCAAAUGCUGCUGAAUGCUGUCACUGGUGGCGUGGAUGGAGGCUCAGUCUCUGAAGUGCCUGCAGGAAGUGUACAACCACAGCCAUCAGUUCCUCAGCAGAGUCACUCAGAGCCCUCCAUCAUCACCAGCUCAGGAGCUGUCGCUGUCAAGGAUACGUUUCUCUUGGACCAUUAAUUCCCAUUUCUCCAAGGAGCGUUCCAGAGCUGGAGAGCUAGACCUCACGCCGCCAGGACAAUACUUGAAUGUACGAUUCAGGGUGGAGUAGAACUGACAGUUCCUGUCUUUGCAUUGUUCAGUUUAAAAAGCCUUAAACUCACCUGGCCUUCAUGAGGUUGGAGGGACUCGUGGAUGUUCCCUGCAAGUUGGUGCACCCAUGGGAGAGGAGAGAAGGGGUGGGUGUCAGCUGUACACACCACAACAAUUUUCCCCCAACACCCUCCACUUUGGUUUGUCUUCCAUGGGUUUCUUUGUUGUAAAAUCCACUGGGAAUGUUUUGCCUUCAAAGCUAAUUCAUAUUUGGAAAUUGAAACCUCUGUCAGACAUGCUUGGGUUCAGUUUUUCUACCGGAAACCAUCUCUAGGUGCCCCAGAUCUUUGCAGAAUUCUUGUGUGACAGUUAUCAGUGCCCCUGUCUGGUGGAAGAGAUUAACCAGUCCCUCCUCUCCUGACUGUUCCCAACUGCCCUCCCCACCUUCUUCAUUCGAUUCCAUGCUCUACCUUCUCUUCCUACCAGAUUCCAUCUCCUGCAGUCCUUUGUUGCAUCCUCCUCCCACCUCCUGGCUUCUGUUGACUUUUCCACUCCCCUCCAAAUGCUUCUCACUUCCCACUUCCUGGAUCCACCUAUCACCUGCUGGUUCUUGUCCUUCCACUUCCCCUUACCUCUGACCACCUCCUUUCUGUCCAUCCAGACGAAAGGUCUCAAUCUGAAAUGUUGACUGGUCCAUUCCUACACCACAGAUGCUGUUUGAACACCUUGGUACCUCCUGCAGAUUGUUCCUCCAAAUUUCAGCAUCUGCAUUCUCUGGAGAUUCCCUGUUUCUGUCUCCUCAUAGCCUCCUUUUCUUUUGCAAUUCUCUUUUGUCAAUCCACCUCCUGCCCUUGCUCUCCCUGUGCUAUUCUGUAAUCCCUACAGGGGCUGUGCACCUAGGUUAGUAACUGCUGUGGAAAGAGCCAAUUCCUUCAUGGUCAGUAAACAUUGGGUGUGAUACCAGGGAGGGAGUCAGUACCUCCUGGAGCUCACAGGACCUAGCAACUGUUGAAGAGAAAAAAAAUACUGCAAGCUGUCUCCUGUAAUUUCUGAGGACUGCUUAUGGAUUAGAACCCUGUCGAACUGUUGAUUUUAUUUCCUUCAUGGUUUAGUUUUCUGAAAUUGCUGACUACAAAAGAGAGAUGGACAGUAAUAAAAUCUUUGUUGGAAUU